AUGACAUUACUCGGGCCGAGUGCCCCCGGCAUGGCAUUUAUGAUGAAAAAAAAGAAAUAUAAGUUUGAGGUCGAACUCAAUCUCGAAGAGAUGAUCGAGGUGCCAUUUUUGAAUGCAGUGUUGUUUGCUAAAAUACGUUUACUCGAUGGUGGAUUUCAAGAGACUAGUAACAGACGAACAGCAAAUAUUAAUAACGGCCACACGACGAACAUUGUUGAUGACUUCUUGGCUACAAAAGAUAGCGCAGAAUCUGCUAUAAAAACUCUUGAACAAUAG